UUGUUCUGUAGCGCCCGGCUUCAUUUGCUGCCGGCCAUGUUUCAAGCCUUGAAUCCGUUAACCUGUGCGACGGUCUGCUCCGUGGUCUACGGGGUAUACUUUGCACAACAUCUGGUCGAUUCAAGGGCAAGUCCGCCAGGGUUUGCGUACCUCGAACUUUCGGCGGCGGAUACGUUCUUUAUUGGCCCUUGGCAUGCGUUCAUUUGUCAUCUCGAUCAGUCGGCAGAUUCCCAGGCCAAUGGCAACCCCUUGGACUUGUUGGUCAACGGCUAGUCCGAUGCCUGCACCGCACAAUGAAUAAUAUCUGACUCUCCUUUCAGCCCGUGCAUGGGAUGAUGAUAUGACGCAAUCUUAUGGCAGAAGAAUCAUAGUAUUAUUAAUUCUACGGAGGCGACG